GUAUGUCAACUGAGUGAUAGUCUUUUGGUUUUUCCUAUCAGAAAACCUUUGCGUGUGUGAAAACCCGAGUCGAUUGGUAAAUGAGCGAUCGGCUUUUGGUUUUUUGUGUUUAUUUUAAAGUGUGAGCACAAUUCGCGCGAAUGGUCUUAUUGUUUCGUGAAACUGUUGAAUUGAAGGUGUUUUUGGUGUCAAGAUGUUGCGUUCUUUGAAUUGUGCGUCUCCGAAUAAUUUUAAAAUAACAGCACCCACGGAGAGUACGGAGGUUUUUGCGAUUGAGACUUCAAUGGCGGGAUCGAGAAGAGACUUGGAGUCUCAAUCCACUUCGAAUUCAACAGAGAAAAAACACAGUAUUUGGUGGAAUGUGUUUCUCGACAUUCCCAUAUUCGCAGCCGUUACUAUCGUCGUCGGCCUUUACGAGUAUGGCAUCAUCCCCUCCUACAAAAGCGGCUUCUUCUGCAAUGACCCGAAUCUAAGCUACAACUUCAACGGAGACACUGUCAAUGAGGUGGUGCUGUUGUCUACUGUUCUUCUGAUGCCUUUAACAGCCUUCCUCAUAACAGAACUCGUCGCCGUCGACUCUGACUACCUCCGCUGUCGGCCUCUAGAGGCUCUCAGGAGAACCGGUCUCCUGUACCGGAACUAUAUGUACGGCUUUGUCUUCAACUUGCUCGUUUUUGAGAUCAUGAAAGGCCUGAGUGGAAUGCCGAGGCCGGUGUUCUUUCAUUUUUGCAAGCCGGAUACUGCAGUUAAUUGUACCACGGGCGAGUACAUUUCUACAUUCGAGUGCACGUCGUCCUACUCCUUGUGGAAGCAGUAUGACUCAUACCAUAGCUUCCCAUCUGGACACACGUCUUUGUCGGUCUACUGUGGACUUUUUAUCGCGUGGUACCUCCAACGCCGCGCGUUCUCCUGGUCGUCCCGAACUGUGUUCCUCGUCCCAUUGGUCCAGGUCUGCUGCAUCGGUUACGCAGCUACAUGCUCCCUGACCAGGAUCAACGAUCAUCGACAUCAUUGGUGGGAUGUCGCAGCUGGGAUGGUUCUUGGUGUGGUCACACUUCUAUAUGCUGUGUUUCCCAUCAGCGAUAACUUCGCACUAGUGAGAGUAGCGAGUGUUUCAAAGACCCAGCAUUCCAGCACAGACAUGCUUUAUGUGACCGCAAGAAGACCUGUGUCUUAAUAUAAUAUAAAGUUACGCUACGCUUUUUUCUACUCGACUGUAAUGGUUGAAUUAAGAUUUCCCCAACUCAACUAUAAUAUUCACUUCGAAACGGUUUAGUCAACUAUAAUGAAAUUGACCAAUCACAGCUCGCCGCGGUCAAGGCAGUGCCGGAUUAAGCCAGCGCGGGACCUGUAGCAAAUUCUAUCAUGGGGCCCAUGGAUUGUUUUAAUUUUGUAGAAGUGAAACUUAGGUUUUUUACAGCCACAAUGUAUAGGUGCGCGGGGCCCCAAAACGCGGGGCCAACACCGACCCACGAUACGAUGUCGUAUCGUGGGUAUGGGUAUUGGCCCUAUAGUAUUGUAUAAAAUAAGCAUCUUCAGUAGGAAUGUAUGUACAAAAGUAGGUCAAAAUUUAUUGAACGCAUUAUAUACUAAAAAUUAGAUAGGUAUUUGAAGUAUAUGUACAAGAAAAAAUUAUACAAAUUAUAAAUCUAUAAUAAUUUUUUCUACUUGAAAAGUGUGAAAACGAUAGUUUUCAAAGAUUGUUCUAUUUAUAGACAAGAAAAUCAUUUAAAAGUGGAAAAAUUACUGCCUUGGGUGAGACAUGAACUCACGGCCUCUGGAUCUCAAACUCUCACCCAAGGCAGUAAAUAAGCCUAAUAGUAAUAGUUCGCAGACGUUUCUGCUUGUUAAAAAUUUAUUAAAACAAAUUUAAUUCAUUCAGCCAAAGCGACUGAAUUUUGAUACUUAAAGCUCCGUGUUAUGGAGCAAUACAUAUUCGACAUUAAAAAUGGGUGAUUCAUUUUAAUAUAACGGCGCGAUUCGGGAAACGAAUUAGACAUUCACUAGAUAUGUGAUAUUCCACGGCAAAAGGUACCUUAUGGUGGCUGGCGCUUACGUCGCAUAGCUUCACAAAUUAUUGCGCCAUCCGAUAUUAAUUGUAGCGGCGUUAAUAAUAGCGUAAGCGCCAACCGCGAUAAGGUGGGACCCGUGGGAGGUCACAUAUCUUUACUAUUUCAUAUCUAGUGAAUCUCUAAUUCAUUUCCCGAAUCGCGUCGUAAGUCUGUAUAUAACUACCACGAAAGUUUUGUACCUAAAAGAUAAAGGUUGAAAAUUGUUCUAUUGCAUUUUUGACGAUAACAAGAAUACCUAUUGUAAAAAUCUGUCAGUUAAAGUUAGCUCCUCUUCUCUUUUGUUAUGUGAAAGAAAAAGUAUGGAGCUAACAUUAUCGAUAUUAUUGUGAGAUUUGUUUUGACUUUAUGUUGUUUUCUUAAUUUAUACCUAUUUAUUAAGCAUUGUAAAAUAUUUUUUUAUAAAUAAAAUAAAAUAAAAUUCUAUUAUUUUUAUGACAUUUAUUGCAAUAACAAGUAAUAUAAACCAAAAUAAAUAAAGCCUUAGUUAAAAUUAUAAACUAAAAUUAAAAACUACAUAAAGCUACAACUAAAACUAAUUAUUUUUAUUAGUUGUUAGUAGAAUAAUGUAGUAACUAACCUUAGUGAUACCUACGGCAAAAUUAAUGAGGGAGUGGCAAUAUACCUACACGUCAUAUUUUAAUAGAAAUUUAACCUAAAAGGUGACAUUUACACACUUUAUCCACGUGUAACUUACUUUCUAUGCAUCUCGCUCGUACUGGCAUAAUAUUAGUGCGAGCGAGAUGUAUGUAGAAAGUAAGUUACGCAGACGUUAGCGAAUAUGUCAAUGUCACGUCAGUGCCAAUCUCGUGGUAGCCGUACUGAACGUUUUGGACCCAGUUUUGUUAUUAA